AUGACUAAAGAAAUUGAAACAUUUAUGUAUCAAUGGGAAAAUUUAAAUUCUGAAAUAAUGAAACAUGAAGAUACAUUAGAAAAUCAAAGAAGACAUUUAUCAAUGCUGAAUGUAUCUUUGAAUGAUAGAUCAAGUUUAAUAAAUAAAUCUUCUCAAUUACCAAAGAAAAGAUUAGCAAUUGAUUUAAUUGCAGAAGAAGAAGAAAUGAUACGGGAAUUAGAAAAAGAACUUUCAGAAAGACAAAUUUGA